AUGUCAACUGCUCUGCGUCAGGCUGCAGUAUUGAAGCCUGAAAUCAGGCUAGCUCAGGCCUUGUCGGAAUUCGAGAGCACACUUGAUAAUGAUCAGAAGGCAACCAUGAGGUCAGGUCGGAGCAAACCACCUCCUUCUCCCAAUGACGUGAUGGGCCUCACGUUAGAACUCGACAAGAACAGCAGCGGAAAGAAGCGAUGCUUCGCCACUCGCUUGACAAGCCUCUUACAAUGUUUGCAGCAAUUCUCCACGGCGAUCGAUACCGUCGUGGGUGGCUCCCAAUCACUUAUUGCCAGUGGCAUUUGGGCUGCCGUCAAGCUAACGCUGCACUUGGCUCUGGGAUGGUCCUCGUUCUUUGACAAAUUGUCGACGCUGUUGAUGAAUGUCGGUCGCACCUGUCCCAGAUAUCAGGAAAUCGGCAUUCUAUUUUCCACAUCGGCAGCACUUCAAAGAGCGAUUUGCGAAUACAUGAUCAUUGUCGUUGAUUUGUGCAGGAAAGCGGUGGUUUCCCUCCAAGGAUCUUUCUUCAAGCAAGUACCCUUCUUGAAAUCUUUCGAGACCGAAUUUGGUCAGUAUGACGAGAAGCUUCGCCGCGCGGGGCAUAUGGUGCACAGCGAAGUAAACUUGAUCUCAGCUGAAGGGCAACAGCUGGAGAUGGGGAAAAACACACAGUUCCGUUCAGCCAUGGCCAAAUUUUCCAAGAAGACCUCAGAAGAACUUGACAAGGCCCGUCAACUGCGAAGAUACAACGUCAAAACGCGAUGUCUUGAUACAUUAUCUUCAUACGAUUAUCAGAAAAUUUGGAAACAAGCCCGAAGAUCUGGCACUAUCAACUGUGUCUACGAGCAUGAACAGUAUAGAAAGUGGUUUCGCGCCGAACGAUCCACCCUCCUCUGGUGUACUGGGAUUCUGGGAGCAGGUAAAACAGUCAUUGCUGCGAAUGUGGUUGAACACCUUGCUGCACAGGCGCCAAAUGCUACCAUCGCCUACUUUUUCUGUCGGUUUGACGAAGCCGAGUCCCUGGACUCCUGGACAGUCAUCGGUAGCCUAAUUAGCCAGCUUCUCCUCCAUGCCGAGCGUGAGAUGUUUGAAGAUCUCUCGCGAGAUCUGGACCAAGGCAUCACUGAGGAUAGAUUAACUCAAAAUCUACCGAGGCUGUUACAAGAUCAGAACAGGAAAUAUUUCAUUGUUCUUGAUGGUCUUGAUGCAUGUUCCCCUCAAGCUAUUAAGGCCGUAGCUCAAUUUUUGAAAGAUCUGUUGGAAGGAAAUUUUCAGGCUCAGAUCUUCUGUUCAAGUCGCCCUGGGUUAUAUCGCGAGUUAUCCACCGUUCUUCAACCAAGGCACCAUAUAUCAUGCUCAGAGUUGACCACCGAGAUUGAUAAGUUCCUUUGGGUCGUAUUCCAGCUGACUUCGAUAUGCUCUGCAACCACGGACGAAGAAAUUCUGCAGGCUCUGUCGAACCUUCCGCACGAUCUACCAGAGACUUAUCAGCGGAUACUUGCAAAGGUAGAUUGUGAGAGGCUCAUUAAACCAGAAAUUCGCCAGCGAAUCUUUCAGAUUCUCAGCGCAGCCCACAGGCCGCUGACGCUAGAAGAGCUCCGUGAAGCCAUCAGUAUUGUUCCUGGAGAAACUGAGUGGGACCCUAGACGCCUGGUCAACAACAUGCAGCGACUUAUCGACUUCUGCGGAGGUAUUUUAAACGUGGAGGAAGAAUAUACUACGGUCCACUUCGCCCACAACAGCAUCAAACAGUUUCUCCUUCAAAAUUCUCUCAACAUCAAUGGUCUCACUUGCAACGUAUACAAUGUGGAUCUAGUUGCUGCUGCCCACCUCAUGGGAGAGAUUUGCGUGACAUAUCUGAACUUCAAUCAUUUGAAAGGCCAGCUGACAAAAGUGGAGGCUCUAGAUCAACAAGCCGUGAUUCUACCUCACAGCAUCGUUCAACGGGCACUACCCCGUUCCACUGUGAGUAAAAUGGCUCUAACGCUACUGAAAUCUGAGAGUGGAGCACAAUUCAACAUGCAUGCCCAGCUCAAGAAUAUUGCCGAUUCUGCGACGAGCAAGGAGUCGGACGUUUUACAUGGGCAUGCGUUCUAUGCUUAUUCGCGAGCCCAUUGGCUUGCCCAUACCAAGUGUCUCACGAAGACCUCAAAGGCAUUCAAGCUCUGGUAUGAUAUGGUGGAAGGUCACACAAGCUCAGUAUCUCUUCCGUGGUCCCAGAGGUGGAAUUGGGCAGUACUUCACGAUCAUUCAGCACUUAUCGACCUGAUGUAUACUGCCUCGAGCAAUACGCACCUUCACGUACUCAGGAAGGGGCCGAGAGAUGCCCUGUGGACGACGAGAAUGAAAAGUCAUGAGCAUCUUUGGCUCUCCGUUAUUCCCAUCCCCAUCAAGUCGCAUAUUCCGGACGCGCCCAAGUCCGAGUACCCGUUCGCUCUUGCGCAGACCAGCAGAAGAUUCACACUUGAGGAAAUUUUAGCCAAGGCCCACGUGAACGAUAGAAUGAACCGCCUUGGGGCAUUCGAGGUUCUUAGAAGAAUAAAAAGAGCAACCCUCUUGAACUUCUUGGUUACUCGGUCGAACACGCAAUUUACCGUUUUUGUCCAUGGAGGUCCUGGUGCAGAAACCGAUCUCAGAAUUCACACUGAGCGGCGGGGGUACCCUCUGGCUUGGAAUAUAGGAGAUAGAUCUGGAUUUGAAAUCCUGGAGGCCCUCCUGAGAAUCCCAGAAGUCGACCUCAGAAGCACAGACGAGGAAGGUUUCACGGCCCUUGCUCUCGCUGUCAGACAAAACAACACCAACCUAGUCAAAAUCCUUUUCAAGGCUCAAGGUGACCGUCCUCAUGUGCAAUAUCCGGCCUGGCGUUCUACUAGGACGGGUGAGUCGCUGUUGAUGAUGGCCGUUCAGAAGCGUAAUUUAGAAAUGAUGUCCACUAUCCUAGUCCGACAACCAUUAACUGUCAAUUGGAUCGACAAAGAUGGGUCGACUGCGCUAGUUCAGGCGAUACAGAGUAGCUACGCUGCUGGUGUGCAGCUGUUACUCGACUGCCCGGAAAAUUAUGCAGUUUGUCCGAGCUACUUCCGUCUAUACGAGAUGGCACAGCGAACGCUCCUUGAUGAGGAGGUGAACCGCUCCUCCUCAAACAGAAUUGGCCAAGCCGGAGAGAUUGUGGUUAUGUUGCGACGCUACGCUCGCGUCAACAAGCCAGGGGCGAAGGAAACGUACACUUUGCAUAAGUCUGACCGAAUGAUUCCCUGA